CUGUACACGGAGGGAGGCACUCAUGUUACCAGUGACACGGAACUGGCUGGAAAUCGGCAGGAUUUAGAUACAUGUGUAACUUUGGGUAGAGGAUUCGUCGUUCGAGAUUACAGACAGAGACUAUGGAACAGAAUGAAAUGAUUUACAUUGUGCCCCAUAAUGAAGAGGAAUGCCUGCUGCUUGAAGAUAAUGAUAUUCUGGAUAAAGUUGACUUUGUCUUAGUAGCAGCAAAACCAGAAAAUGGAAAGGACAAAAAGGAAACUAACAGGAAACGUUAUCUGAGAAAAGUGAGAGAAAAAGGCUUCCGAAUCAUGAAAAAAGAAGAUGACCACAAUUUGUAUUUUGGAAUACAAGCCCGUGAAGAAAUCUUUGACAAAUACAUACAGCACCUAAGACUUUCGGAAAGAAAAUAUGACAAUGAAUUGAAUGAAAUUUCAAAAGCAACAAGAAUUCGAAUUAUAAAUUUCAUUCUUUGGAAGAUGAGUUAUUCAACGAACGAUGGAAGUGAUAACAGUCUGAAUGCUACGAAUUCUCUACGCAAAUUAGUGAAUGAUGGUACAUUUAAAGCAGUCUUCCCACUUCAUGAGAAAUGCUGCUGCAGAGGCCGUGAAGUCCACGGAUCAAAACAGCACUGUUGGCUUUGUAAGGAUGACAAUCAGAAAGAACGUAAAUUACGCUUUGAAUGGGCUGAGUGGAGAUGCUUAUUUAAGAAACAACCAAUCGAAGAAAUAAGGGCGUACUUUGGAGAACGAAUUGCCCUCUAUUUUGCAUGGCUUGGCUGGUACACCACCAUGCUGAUUCCUGCUGCUGUUUGUGGAGUCAUGGUUGUUCUGUAUGGAUUAAUAUAUUUUGAAAGUAAUCAAGUGAGUACGGAAAUAUGCAAUGCUACUGGAAUUGUCAUGUGCCCACUUUGUGAUAAACGUUGUCAAUACUGGAGGCUCAAUGAGACAUGUUCUUAUGCUAAGAUCACGCAACUAUUUGACCAUGAAGGGACAGUUGUUUUUGCAAUGUUUAUGGCAGUCUGGGCCACUGUAUUUUUGGAACUAUGGAAACGAGCCCGAGCGAAAUCUGUCUCACUCUGGGAUUUGUCCCACUGGGAUGAGGACGAGGAGGAACUGGCGCUUGGGCUAAUAUACAAUCCUGGUGUCGAAGUUAAAGAAUAUCAGCAUUCGUACAAACGCACAACAAUCGUGAUGUUGCUGGCGUGUAUUCUGGUCACUGUUAUUAUUGGCCUUUCUCUUGGAAUUGUGAUAUGUCGGGUUAUAGCUGCUGUUGCAUUCACAAGGUCUGCUUCAGAAUUUCUGAAUGAUCAUGCCAGGUCAAUUGCAGUAAUGGUUGGUGCUGUAUUGCAUUUCUUUACGAUUCUCAUCAUGACUAAGAUUAAUCGUAAAGUUGCAAAGAUGUUAUGCGAUUUAGAAAGACCACGCACCUCACUGGCUCGAGAAAACAACUUCAGUGUAAAAAUGUUCACGUUCCAAUUCUUCACAAUGUUCUCAUCAAUCGUUUAUAUUGCAUUUUUUCUGGGAAGGAUUAAUGGCCACCCAAGUGAUUAUGUAAGAAUAGCAGGACAGUGGCGACUGGAGGAAUGCCAUCCAAGUGGCUGCAUGACAGAUCUCUUCAUCCAAAUGGCUGUUGUAAUGAUACUGAAACAAAUUCUGAGCAGCUGUGUGCAGUAUGCUGUACCAUCCCUGACAUAUCAAUGGAAAAAAUACAACAAAAAAAACGCAGACAAUGAUGUGAAGGAUGCAACAACAAAACACUGGGUAAAAAACUACAACUUGAACCAUGUCAACUCUUUUAGUUUAUUCAACGAGUUUUUGGAAAUGGCCAUUCAAUAUGGUUUCACCACAAUAUUUGUUGCAGCUUUCCCACUGGCUCCUCUACUUGCAUUUCUGAAUAAUUUAUUUGAAAUUCGAUUGGAUGCCAGAAAGAUGCUUGUGCUUCAAAGGCGGCCAAUACCACGAAAAGCAAAAGAUAUUGGGAUAUGGGUACGUCUGCUGGAGGUAGUUGGCGUGUUGGCUGUCAUUGGCAAUGGGUUGGUGAUCUCGAUCACUUCGGAUUUCAUUCCGCGAUUAGUUUACAAGUAUGGAUAUGGGCCAUGUGCUUUUAGAAACAGUUCAUAUGUUAACUGUAUGAUGGGGUAUGUUAAUAGUAGCCUCUCAGUAUUCUAUGUGGAAAACUUUGAGCAAACAGAGCCAAAGGAUGAUGGAUUAAAAUCACUUGGAUUCCAAGUGACAUAUUGCAGGUAUCGUGAUUACAGAACUGUUGGUGACUAUCAGUACACAGUCCAGUUUUGGCAUAUUUUUGCUGCACGUUUGGCCUUCCUGGUUUUAUUUGAGAAUGUCGUUAUUUGCAUCAAGUACUUUGUAGCUUGGUUUGUGCCUGACACACCAGUUUCAGUGAGAAACUGCUACCUAGAGAAAACAUUUGUGCGACUACAGAAGGAACUGGAGAUGUCAAGAGAAAUCCCUGGUUACUCAAACACUAAUGAAUGGAAAAAUCAAUCAACAGAUGUUUGAAGCUUUAGAAAUAUUCUGCCACUGAGAAGUUUUGGUUGACUGAGAACAGCCUUGAGAAGAUAUUACUUAAGAUAUUACUUGGGUUAUGGCAGUUAUUUGAAGAGAAGACAUUUGAAGGAACAAAAAAUCAUUGAUUAUUCAACGAAUCUUGCCAUUUAAAGGACGUUUAUAUUUUCAUUGAAAUUGAACUGCUGCUAAAAAGCAAGAGUUUUUCAAACAUUUCAUGAAAAUCAAUCUAAUCAUUUGUUAUAAUGCUUCUUGGUCAUGUUUAUUGACAAAAUGUCUCCCAGAUUGAUAUUAGCAAUAUCUCAGAAGAGCAGACUUUGAUGCUCCAAUUUUCAAUUUAAUUAUUCACAAAUGACAAUCCUAGGUGAUUGUAUUGUAUUGCAAUAUUUUAAAAAUGUAUUUGUUUGCUCUGCAUCAAACUGGAAAUUCUUACUGUGUUUAGUCCCUAACCAAGAGAAUUUCAUAACAAUGAGCUUCAUAGUUUGGAUGAUUCUUUUUUUUCUUUGGGAUAUAAACCUCUAGGGGAUCUAUGUCCAGUAAAUCAAACAGAAGGUUACUUUUCCACUCAACCUAGGAUGAAGCUGAUUUUAUUUUAGGAAAAGUACUUUCGAAGAGGUCUUUCCCAUUCAUGUUCUAGCCAAAAGUAUAUGUUUGAUAUAUAUAUUCUUUUAUUUGCAAGCAAAUAAUUGGGUUUGUUUUCCCCAGACAGUAGGCAAGAUUAGACAAUCUGUAUUUUAAAAUUAUUUUAUUUUCAUUCACAGUCUUGACCCAGUGUCAAAUUGGAAAUUCAGAUGUGUUGAUGCUGAUUGAAAUUCAAUCGACAAAAAGCUCUGAUUAUUAAUUUAACCCAUGUUACUUCUAUGUUCCUUCCAUCUCUGGAAGCCACUGCCACUUAUGGACCUCAGAGGUCCUCACAGUAAAAAAAAAAGUACAUGGAACCAUUGAAUGGGAUUCCAUUAAAAUAUAGGACUUUAGGUUUAACAACUGUGAAUAUAUAUAUUGGUCACCACACUGGAGGAGAAAAAGGUUAGAUGAACACUUUAUAGAGUCUUGGCUUGUAAAAGCAACAAAAUUACACUGAAAUUUUAUAAAAGAUUUGUUCAACUUCACUUGGAACACUGUAUCUAAUUCUGGGUAUGGCAUUUUAGGAAGGAAGGAUAUGAAACCAUGAGAGAUGGUGCCGAAAAAAUCUUGCAAGAGUAGUUCCAGCAAUGAAGAACUGCAGUUACAUGGAUACUUAGGAUUGUUUUCCUUUAGAGAUGAGAAAAUUGAGAGGUGGUUUGAAAGGGAUAUUUAAAAUCAUGAGGAAUCUGAACAGAGUAGAUAUUGAGAAACUUGUUCCUAGGUGAACUGUUAAAAGGCAGAGACUACUAUUCUAAGAUGAGUGGCAAAAAGUACAAUGGAUAAGCGAAGAAAACAUUUUUAUGUGGUGCAUGAUUAGAAUCUAUAAUGCACUGCUUAAGGGCAUGGUGGAACCAUAUCUAUAUGUGACUUUCAAAAAGAGAAUUGGAUAAUUAUGUGAAAGAGAACAAAUUUCAGAGGCUACAAGGUAAAGCUGAAGGAAUGAGACCUAGCAAGUUGCUCUUGCAGAGUUGGCACUGACAUGAUGGAAAAAUGACUUCCUUCUCAGCAACAACCAUUUCAUGGUACGUUUAAAAUUAAUACUGAGAUCCGAAACCAUUGAUCAGAUUUACAACAUUGAAAUAGGAGUAAAUACAGAAAGAUUAACAGUGUGGGAGGAAGAAGGAUGUCUUGAUAUGUGUGGUAAUAGAUGAAGAUCGAAGUAGGCUCAUGUUUGACAUAAAUGUCUAGGACUGUGGCCUGUUUUUUUCCUGUAAAAUUCAGUAAUAAUUUCAGAUUGUUUGCUGGGUUUUGAGGAGGGAAAAAAAAGACAAUCAGAGAGGAAAACAAAACAGAGAGUACAUGCUGCAUUGACCUUAAGCAUCACAUGUAUCGCAUAAAAUGGAACUAUGAUAAAGGAAGUUGAGUUUUUAAAGAUCAAGCGUUAUCGAAAUGAACAGUUAAAUAAUCUUGAGGGGCUGAACAACUCAGUACUAUUCUUGUAUUCAAUGUUGUGAAUCUUCUUCCCAACUAUAUUUUGAUUAUCUUGUGCAGUCUUCUCUGAAUCAUGAAUUCAGAUGUGGGAUGCUCAAUGAUUUGUACAAUGUGAAGUACUAUUUGUGACUCAUUCAAUACUGAAGCAGUCCACAUCCAUAUGUAGUAAGACCUUGACAAUAUCCAGUCUUGGGUUGGUAAGUGGCAAAUAACAUUCAAAUUGUACAUCUGCCAGGUAAUGACCAUCUCCAAAAACAAAAUGUCUAAACAUCCCCAAAUGGUGUUACCAUUGCUAAAUCCCCAAUACUAAAAAGCCAACGGGGUUACUGUUGACCAGAAACUGAACUGUACCAGUCGUAUUAAUAGUGUAGUCAUAAGGGAAAGUCAUAGAUUAGGAAUUCUGAAAUGGGUAGCUCACUUUCUGACUCCCAGAGCUGCUCCACCAUCUACAGAGCAUGAGUCAAGAUUGUCGUGGAAUGCUGUCCACCUGCCAAGGUGGUUGGAGCUCCCACAACACUUGAGAUGCGCAACACUAAUCAGAACAAAGCAGCUGGACUGGUACCCAUCUAUCAUGUUCAGCAUUCUCUUCCUCUCCCACUGAUGUGCAUUGGAAGAAGUGUGCACCAACCUACAAGAUGGCAUUGCAGCAACUUAGCAAGAUGCUUUCAAAAAACUUUCCAAACCAAGUAGGAUAAAGGUGAGGCUGGAUGAACACAAAACUGGUAAAGAAACAAAACUGUAUAGAUCCCCAUGUGUGGUCCUACAUAACUGCAAUAAAACUUUACUCUUGCACAACAACCAAUUUGCAAUAAAAGCUAACAUAUCAUUUGAUCUCCUAACUACCAGAUGUACCUGCAUGCUAAUUUUCUGUGAUUCAACUACAAUGUCAUCUCUAUCCCUUUGAAUAUCAACA